AGUUCUAGGUUUCUUCAUGCUUUGGAGCGGCCGAAAGUGUUCUUACAGUGGUCGUCUCGUCACCUUCGCCGAGAAUCCCAGCUGUGGAAUUUGUCAGGAUGAGCUUGUUAUCUCAGAAUGUCCUUACAAGUACAACGGGCAAGGGUAAAAGGGAGGACCAUGAUGAGCUCGACAGAGAUACCCAGGAUGGAAAAGGAAUCGAGAUCAAUGAUGACUCGAGGGCAAAGAGGAGAAAGAAAGAAAAGGAGAAGCAAAGAGAAUCUGAACAGCGUGAAAUGAAUAAGCUCGAGAAUUUAUUGUUUGGAUCCCUUUACUCCCCUGUCGAGUUUGGGAAGGAUGAUGGUGGAAACGGUUUUCAUGACUGUGCCGAUGAUUCAGCUUUGUUUUCCUUAGACAGUUCUGCUUUUAGGAAACCAUCCGACUAUGAGGAUGAGGAUGAAGAAGAAGAUUAUGGUGAUGAUAAAGUUCGACAGAAGGGAGAUCAACAGAAGAAAGCUGCAUGGGUGGAUGAAGAAGAGGAACAAAUAAACAUAGAUAUAGCUAAAGUUAACCGUCUGAGGAAGCUGAGGAAAGAAGAAAACGAGGGCUUGAUUUCUGCUUCAGAGUACGUUUCGAGAUUGAGGGCUCAUCAUGCUAAGUUAAACCCUGGAACAGAUUGGGCUACUACGGGUGAUUUGACCGACGGAACUGUUUCAGAUGACGAGUCAUCGGAUGAUGAAGAUGGUGCUCACAAAGGAGUUGAUGAUGUUCUCCGAACAAAUGGAGAACUCGUGGUGAAGAAUGGUGCCAGACUCUUACCUGGAGUUCUCGAGUACUCAAAACUGGUGGAUGCAAACUAUGCAGAUCCUUCGAACGGUCCGAUAAACUCUGUCCAGUUCCAUCAAAAUGCCCAGCUUCUUCUCACUGCUGGAUUGGAUCGACGGUUAAGUUUUUUCCAGAUCGACGGUAAAAGGAACACCAAGAUCCAGAGUAUUUUUCUCGAGGAUUGUCCCAUUCGCAAGGCGGCCUUCUUGCCCAAUGGUUCUCAGGUCAUUGUCUCCGGAAGAAGAAAGUUCUUUUAUAGCUUUGAUCUGGUGAAAGCGAAAUUUGACAAAAUUGGGCCUUUGGUUGGUAGAGAGGAGAAAAGCCUGGAAAGUUUUGAGGUCUCACCGGACUCUAACACCAUAGCUUUCAUGGGCAACGAUGGUUUUAUCUUACUUGUGUCCUCGAAAACAAAAGAGCUUAUCGGAACCCUAAAGAUGAACGGUUCGGUACGGUCUUUAGCUUUCACGGGCGAUGGAAAAGAGUUGGUUAGCUCAGGAGGUGAUGGCGAAAUCUAUCACUGGGAUCUACGAACGAUGAAAUGCUUCCACAAAGCUGUUGAUGAAGGCAGCAUUUGUGGCAGUUGUCUCGACACUUCUCCAAAUGGUGAUUUCUUUGCCUCAGGUUCAGACCCCGGGGUCGUGAACAUUUACAAGAGGUUGGAGUUUCUGGGAGGCAAGACAAAGCCGAUAAAGACAGUGGAGAAUCUCUCCACGAAAAUAGAUUUCCUCAAGUUCAACCAUGAUGCUCAAAUUCUAGCUAUCGUCUCGACGAUGAAGAGAAACAGUAUGAAGUUGGUUCAUGUUCCAUCUCUAACAGUGUUCUCAAACUGGCCGCCUCCAAACUCUUCGCUUCAUUACCCUCGCUGUCUGGAUUUCAGUCCCGGAGGUGGUUUCAUGGCAGUGGGUAAUGCUGCCGGGAAAGUUUUGCUGUACAAACUGCACCAUUACCAGCAUGCAUAAGCUCUUUUUUGGCAGAUCAAACUGAGUAGUUUCGUGUUGUUUAUCAUUCCUAUUUCGGGUUUUUCUUUAUGGUUGUAGAUUUAGAAUUGUCGUGUACGAGAGUUCAUGGAAAUUUUGGUUUUCAAUUGCAGCUCUUAAGAUUUUAUCUUGCUAAAUGAUUUGCGUAGACAUUGUUCUGUUGCUUAUACUUUCAUUUUCCAGACACCUCGUGGUCCUCUUUGUUUU